AUGCACACCGUCUACACGCCCAACAGUUCGGUCAAGUCACUCGAAUGCGACUACUCGCAAGACACCCCGGUAGUGUCUCCCAAGCCCCGCCGUCGCACUCUGCUGGCCCUCUUCCGCCGCGACCAGAUUGGUGACAAGAGGGACGCCAACAAGGGGGGCGGCCGCUGUCAUUCCCCCGACCUCACCAGCCUCUGUCCGCGCGACAAUGACACUACCAGUGGUCCGUUCGCUUGGCGCGGAGGGGUAGACCUCGACCGGUCGGACGUCCGCAAACGCCAGUUCCAUGCCCUCUCUCGCGACGACCCCACCACCAACCACUUCUUCAACGACAACGACGUGCCGGACAGGACCGCCCCCUUCGUGAACCGUCGCCUCCACCAUAUCUCGUCGUCGUGGUCCUUCUUCACCGCCGGCAAGAGCAACCCCAAGGCUGCAAACGAGAAUGGGGUCAACGAGAACACGUUCCGCAAGGUCUCCGAACCAGUCUGCGUCCACAGACUUACCAUCAAGGCUUCGUGUCCAGACUUUCUCACUCCACGCCGUCGGGCGCCGGCGCCUGAUCUCCCCAGUGCUCAGCGAAGCCAGACACCACAGCCGCGCAAGACUAAGCCUCCUUUUUGGGGUAUCCACGAGACAGAACAUGCGCCUCUCUCGCCAAAAAGCGAGUCUCCCUCGUCUGUGGCUAUGCGCACGACCAGCGCUGGGCAGUCUCCCCACUCUUCUCAGUCGGUCACAUCACGUCGCCCUCAGCAACCUCGCGGGUCUGCCCCCGCGCCCCUAAGCUGCGGUGGUGGACUCUGGGGUGACAUCAAUUGCAAUGACAGCUUCACGAGCCAGAACAAGCGCGUCACAUGUGGUUUCUCCAAGGGCAACACCCAGCCGCUCAGCAUCCAGCGCUCCCCGCUUGCCCCACAUAGCGAACACCAGGCGUCAGCUCCAGCGUCCCCUCUCAGGCCACCCAAGUCACCCUCGCGCUACAAGAAUAAGCCUCUUCCGCCCAUGCCAAUGCCGGGACCUGUGCCUCUUCUCACCCCACCAGCAUCCCCAAGCCCGCGCUCGCCGUCGCCGUUGGCGCCCGUAGACCCUAACCGCCGGCGCCGUGCUCCUCCACCUUUGCAGAUUUUGAAGCCCACCAACCUCAGGAAUGACAUCAACCGCCGGCCCUCCAAUGAGCUUCUACCGGUCAUGUCGCCUAUCUCACCAUUGUUCGGCUGCUUGCCAACUGCCAUGCGCGCCAACGACGAGUUGUCCUUGAUGAUGGCCGAAAUGGCCAUUCCGGUCAGCAGGGUGCCGUCGAGUCCCAAGUCCAACGCGUGCAACCACCCAGCUUCCGUUUUUUCUUUGUCAUUGGACGGCGGCGACGUCCUCGAGGGCGACGAUCUGUCAUCCCCCAAACUGAAAACCGAGAAACCAUCCAGCUACACAACCCUUCACCGUCCAACCUCGGACAGUACCAGCACCAUCCAUUCCCACCACCACGUCCAGACGCACAUCGAGGAGACACUCGAAACCGAGCCCAACACUGCAUUGCCGCGCGGCCUCUCGGCCAGGACCAGUAGUGCAUGCCACCUGCGGAGCAUCUCCAUUGUGCAGGAGGAAACUACCAGCACCAUUUCCGAGCUCAGCCACAACCACUGA